GGCUGGUGACAUAGACUACACUGUCAGAAAUAAAGGUACGGUUGAGGUCCAUUUAUGUUCUCUGAGGUACAACUGCUGGUGAUGUACCGCCAAAGGGUCAUAGUUGAUCCAUAAGGUACACAUUUGUAGGUUAAAAGGGUACAUAUACGUUCUAACGUGAGCAAGGGUCCAUGUUUGUACCAUUUUUUGAACAUAUAGGGGUACAAUCCAUAUGUCAAUGGGUACAAUAAGAAAGAUGUCAGUGUUUGACCCAUGAUGUGACCACAAUUAUGUUGGGGGAUGGGAUGGCUAGUGCCUCAGGGCUGUCAAGGAAAUUAUGAAGUUCUCAGAUUCAUUACUUAGGAGAUUAUAAACAAUAAAUAUAUUGUUAUUAAUGCUAGUAAACUAUAUAUAACUCUGUGAAAUCAACAAUGAAUAGCAAUAUAAGAAUUGGAUAGUAAAAAAUAUUUAUCUCAGAGGCAACAUUGAAUGUUGAUUUUUGAAAAGAGGGAGUUCACACAUGCGCAGUGGCUGCAGCAGCAGCAGCAGCACUUUGCUUCUCCCAACCGUCACUGCUGCACCUGGCGCGAAAACCGGAGAACAAUGGAGCUGUCAACGGAGGAGCUGCUCCAGAAGUUAACAGAGUCAGGGAUUAUACUGACGGAAGAAGAGACACAGAGAUUCAGAGACAAUGACGUGGAUGGAGAGACAGUACAGUGCGGCUUGACUGAACAUAUGGUGGCAUUUCUUUUUUCUGGUUCAUUUAAAAAGCAACUUAAAUUCAACACAUUUGUACAGGAGCUGAAGGAUGUAACACUGACUUUAGUACCAGUGCCAGAUGUUAACACUGAGCAACCUUUGACAACAGACAGAAACGAGGCAAGUGGCAGACUGCCUCUUGGUUUUGUUAUUCCUCCUUUCCCUAGAGAUCUUCAGACCAGACUUGACAAAAGGGAAGCAUGUCAGAAGUCCAGCAAAGAUCGACAUACGAUCAUUCGUGUUCUGCAUGAAGCAGUUAUAGAACACACAAUGUAUCCCAACAAUGCGGAAUAUGUGCAAGUAGUUAGAGCACUUAUUGUGAAGUAUCCUUUUCUUAAGGAUCUGGAGGGAAACUGCUAUCAUACCUGGCAUCAGUCACUUAAACGCAAAUUCAAAGCGGAGCGUGCCCCUUUGAUUCAUGAAGACGAAGUGAAAAGGAGUAAAGAGAAGUUUGGUCACAAGAGAGCCAGAGAGUCUACAGAAGCGGCAAGAGCCUGUUGCAGAUCUGUGUCACGAGUACCUGCUGUGAUUGGUGAGGACGCGUCUUCUAUUGAGAGGCAUGUGCAAGUCCUACAUAUGCAGUAUGAGAAGAUGACACCUGACACCUCUGUGGUCAACGACCGCAUGCAGCGAACUUUUGCAUGGCGAAGAAAGGAGAUCGCAGAUGGCAUGGCAGUGGAGGACGUAUUAAAGAAAUACCCUUUCCUAAGAACACCCACAGGGUUGUGCGAUGAGGUUGACAGGAUCCAUCCAUCAACGGUGAACUUGUACAGACGCUGGAAAGAGGGAUUCACUGGCAUAGUGCCUAAGGUGGUCAAGCUGGUGCAAGGAAAAUCCCCAUUAGCCAAGAUGUACACCGAAGCAAGGGAGGAAAUGCUGACAGAAGAUCUACCAGACGUUGACCUCCGUGCUGCGCUGAUCCUGUUGCCUCACAUCUUUAAAGAGAAGGUUGACCGGUUCAUUACAUUGGGACAGUAUGACGCUCAAAGUCCCUAUCCAACUGUACAGUUGGUAGACACCGACUGGAAGAUGGCCUUUACCAGGAAGGUUCCGGUUACGGUCAAAGUGGACGGCGUGGAUCUGUGCAGGGGAACAGGAGUUGAGGAUGGGGUAAUAGCCGCCUUCUGUACCUACUUUGUUUUCGACAUGGCUUACCCACCCUACAUGAAGAAUACCUUGUCCUUUCUACAACGUACACUACUGAACAUUACUGUGGUGGGUGAAAAGCCCCUUCCAGUCACUGUGACUCGAGUGAUCAAUCUGCUAUACUAAAUAUUCCAAGACCGUAUAGAUGUACAAGGUGUAGAAGAACCACCUUCACCUUAAUGAAAAUGGUCCAACAUGUUGGCCUUAUCCAUGCCCACGAAGCCAACUUCAGUAUCACUUGUGGGCUAAAUGACUGUAAGUCAACUUUUACAUUAUAUGAA